UUAAAAUUAAUAUUUUUUAUUUUAGCACUUUUUCAGCCAUUAACUCCAGGAUCUCGUGAAUUUGAAGAUGUUUUAAAUAUUCUCCACUCAUCUUACCUUGAACCAACCUCAGUAACAAAUUUUAACUACAAAUGUGCUUGCUUGGUACAUAAUGAGCUUUUGGAAAAGGAGUUUACAGAAAAGCGAAGAGAACUGAAGUCUGAUGGCCGUUCAGAUAAAGAACUUUCAGAAUCCUAUGCAUUUUUGAUGGUUGAUCGCUAUCAGGUUCAAAGCAUAUGUGAAAAAGGACUACAGGUGGGCCAGUCCAAAAUAACAAUUCUUGGCAGUCCUUCCAUGGGUAUCUAUCUUUCUAGGUAUCCUGAUUUGUUACAGGCUAAUCCUUUGGAAGCUGGGACAGUGGGUGAUGUUGUUAUUUUUAAAAUAAUGAAGGGUAAAAUAAAAAGUAUAUAUGACCCCAUGGGUGUAAAAAGUUUGGAAUCUAAAAGUGCUUUGGAUCCAACACCAAAGCAUGAAUGUCAUGUGUCGAAGAAUGCCAGUAGAAUUACAUCACUUUUGGCUUACCGAGCCUAUGAGCUUACUCAAUAUUACUUCUAUGAGUAUAGCUUUGAUGAACUAAGGCAAAGACCAAGACACGUGUGUCCAUAUGCAGUUGUGUCUUUUACUUACCAAGAUGAUAUACAACCUCCGAAGUUUGUACCUUCAUUAAGAUCUAACAGCUUUAAUGCAGAUAGAAAUGCAGAUAAAUUUCACUACACAUUGUGGAAAGGACAGCUUUUAAAUAAAGGAAAGCUUUUGUGCUAUAUUUCUCUGAGGUCAGCCACUCGUGCUUUUUUGCCUAUCAAACUUCCUGAGAAGCUAGAUGUUGAAACAGUUAUGAGUAUUGAUCAUCUGAAACAGAAAAUUCCUCCAGCGCUGUUUUACAGGGAAGCAUACUUCGGUUCAAAUGAAGUUUUGAAGAAUGGAAUGUAUUGCAGUCUUUAUGAAGUUGUAGAAAAGACAAGAAUUGGAAGUAACAUGGAGAGUUUACUGCAAAAACUAGAGAAAGAAAAACUUGUUCUGGUUAAACCUUUGGGAGACCGAGGAUACCUUUUUCUUCUCUCUCCUUAUCAAAUGGUUUCUCCAUAUGAACAUCAAACUGCCAGAUCUCGAAUCCUACAUGCUUUGUUUCUAUUUCAAGAACCUAGAGGCAUAGUUACUUCACAAAAAGGUUCAACCAAUGUAGCACCAGCACAAAAAGGUUCAACCAAUGUAGCACCACCAGAGAGACACGAGAGCAUGCCAGAUAUAUUGAAAAUAACUCAGUUUUUACAGUUUGCUUUGAUUCGGUGUCGAAAGGAAUUAAAAGAUAUAAAUAGUAUAAAUUUUCAUUCUGGUGUUCAAAAGUAUGUAAGUGAAUUUUUUAAGCGAGGUUUUGGUUCAGGUAAACGAGAGUUUAUUAUGUUUCCAUAUGAUUCACGAUUAGAUGAUAAAAAAUUCUUAUACCCAGCUCCAAGAAAUAAAUCCCAUAUUGAUGAUUGUUUGCAUACCUAUAUUUUUCGGCCUGAAAUGUAUCAGUUACCUAUUUGUCAGUUAAAAGAGCUAUUUGAAGACAAUAGAAAACUUCAACAGUUCGGUCAACUUUCAGAUUAUGAAGGCCACGAAGAAAUGAAUGGCACAAAAAAGAAAUUUGGGAAACGAAAUAACUCAAGGGGUGAGACUAUUAAACCUGGAAAGCAGAAGUCAUCUCACUCUUUGGAUCAUGAUAAGGAUAGAUUCAAAGAAUUGAUUAAUUUGAUUCAGUCUAGGAAAAAAAAUGUGGGUGGGGACUCAGACACAGAAGAUAUGAGAAGCAAAACUGUCUUGAAGAGGAAGCUUGAGGAUCUACCUGAAAAUAUGAGAAAGUUCGCCAAAACCAGUAAUUUAGCUGAAAAUUGCCAUCUGUAUGAAGAGUCUCCACAGCCCAUUGGCUCACUUGGGCAUGACACUGACUUGCAGCAGGAGGAUACCUCUAACUCUGGUGUUGCUGGAAUCCAUAGGCUGUUUAAUUGGCUAUCAGAAACACUGGCAAAUGCACGCAAUUCGGAUGCAUCCCUGACAGACACGGUCAACAAAGCCUUAGGAUUGAAUUCUGAUGGUGCCUAUGAAGAGCUGAGGCAAAAGCAUGAAUAUGAGUUGAAUUCUAACCCAGAUAAGAAAGAAUAUGAGCAGCUUACUUGUGCAAAAAUUGAAAAUGCUCAUUUUAAGGGCACUCAGAUCCCAUUAUUAGAAGCUAAUACAUCAUCUGUAAAGUAUCCUAUUGCUCUUUCUACCAGUGAAGUAGGCACAGAAGAACCAAAUUUAAUUAGCAUAAAUAAUUUUGAAGAUUGCAGUUUGUGUCCCACCAUUCCCAUUGAACAUGGAUUCCAUAAACAAUCUAAGUCUAAUAAUGUUGAAGAGACUGAAAUACAUUGGAAACUGAUUCCAAUUACAGGAGGGAAUGCAAGAAGCCCAGAAGACCAGCUGGGGAAACAUGGUGAAAAACAAACGCCAGGUAUGAAAUCACCAGAAGAACCACUGGUGUAUCUGCCACCACAGGAGACCUUUCCUAACGACCCCCGGGUAGUAAGUAGACAGAGAAGUUCUGAUUACCAGUUUCCAUCCUCUCCAUUUACAGACACACUAAAGGGCACCACUGAGGAGGACGUGUUAACAGGUCAGGUGAUGACAGUGGAGGAGCAGUGUGUGCCAGCAGCAGAGCCGCCUGCAGUGAACGAAACCACAGAGAGGACAGUGUUAGGAGAAUACAGUCUCUUUUCUAGGAAGAUAGAAGAGAUUUUGAAGCAAAAGAAUGUUUCAUAUGUCAGUAGAAUUCCCACACCUAUCUUUUCAACACAAGAGAAGAUGAAACGACUUUCUGAGUUCAUGUAUUCUAAGACUUCCAAAGCUGGUGUACAGGAGUUUGUAGAUGGCUUGCAUGAGAAACUAAAUUCUAUUAUUAUCAAAGCAUCAGCCAAGGGUGGGAAUUUGCCACCAGUCAGUCAUAAUGGUUCUGGUACUAAGAUAGCAUUGAAUCCUCUAGGAAGACAUGUCAUACCAGUUUCCUCAAGUGACUUCAGUAAACACCUUGAACCAUUUUGUAGUGAUACUUUGAAAGACACCAACUCUAAUGAGCAGCAUUCUUCUUCAACUUUGGGUUUAACUGAAGUAGAAGUGAACCAGCCACACCAUGCCAUGGAGCUAAUGGUGACUUCUGAUCAUACUGUACCUGAUGAUACUGCUCAGGAACCAGAAGAAAAAGAAACAAAAUCACCCAGUGAUGUAGACAUUUCUGCCCAGCCAGCUCUUUCAAAUUUUAUAAGCAAGUUAGAACCUGAAGUAUUUAACAGUUUGGUUAAAAUCAUGAAAGAUGUCCAGAGAAAUACUGUGAAAUUUUACAUUCAUGAAGAAGAAGAGAGCAUGCUCUGUAAAGAAAUAAAGGAAUAUCUUAUCAAGUUAGGCAAUACAGAAUGUCAUCCAGAACAGUUUUUGGAAAGAAGAUCAAAAUUAGAUAAACUAUUAAUUAUUAUUCAAAAUGAAGACAUUGCAGGCUUCAUCCACAAGGUACCUGGCCUGGUGACUUUAAAGAAGCUCCCUUGUGUUAGUUUUGCUGGUGUUGAUAGUCUGGAUGAUGUUAAAAAUCAUACAUACAAUGAAUUAUUUAUAUCUGGAGGUUUUAUUGUGUCCGAUGAAUCCAUUCUAAAUCCAGAAGUUAUCACAGUUGAGAACCUUAAAAAUUUUUUGACAUUCCUGGAAGAACUUAGUACUCCAGAAGGAAAAUGGCAAUGGAAAGUCCACUGUAAAUUUCAGAAAAAACUUAAGGAACUGGGAAGGUUGAAUGCUAAAGCUCUAAGUCUGCUGACGCUUCUGAAUGUCUAUCAGAAGAAACAUCUGGUUGAAAUUUUGUCUUACCACAAUUGUGAUUCACAAACACGAAAUGCUCCAGAAUUGGACUGCCUUAUCAGACUUCAGGCGCAGAAUAUACAGCAACGACACAUAGUCUUUUUAACAGAAAAGAAUAUCCAGAUGCCCUCCAGUUAUACAGAUAGUGGAAUAGUGGUUGCAUCUGCUGAAGCUUUUAUGCAAAACUUUAAAAAUCUCGUGGGCUAUCACAACUCAGUCACAGAAGAAAACCUUCCACUGCUUGGUGCUAAUGAGACUCUUGAGUCACAGUCAGCUCUUUUAGAAAACGAUGAAAAGGAUGAAGAGGAUAUGUCUCUGGAUUCAGGGGAUGAAAUCUCACAAAUAGAAGUGUACAGCAGUUCAGAAAUAUUGGCGAAAGAGACCAAAGGAUCACGUGGAACAGAUCAAAAUAAGAAUAUUCAAAUUGAGUUGCAAUCGUCUCUUGACGUGCAAAAAAGUUUAUUAGAAGAUAAGACUUAUCAAAUUGAUUCUGAAGAGAGAGCUUCUGUUGAUGCAAGCUCUGAAGGACAGAACAAUUCAGCUGAACAAGAUUCAUAUAGCAACUUUCAGGUUUAUCAAAAUCAAUUAAAUAUGUCCCAUCAGUGUACUCAUUUUAAUGUUCUCACUCACCAGACAUUUUUGGGAACACCAUAUGCCCUUUCAUCGAGUCAGUCUCAAAGUGAAAAUUACUUUUUAUCUGCUUAUACUGAAAGCUUGGGGGAAAAAUGAUUUUGCAGGCCAUCUUCAAAAGA